UGGCUUCGAAUUCGGAGGCUACGGCAAAGGUCAUGGUGGUCAUGGAGGUGGAGGCUAUGGCAAAGGUCACGGUGGAGGUGGUCAUGGUGGCGGCUAUGGCAAAGGUCACGGCGGUGGCGGUCAUGGUGGUGGCGGCUAUGGCAAAGGUCACGGUGGGGUGGUCAUGGCGGUGGAGGCUAUGGCAAAGGUCACGGUGGAGGUGGUCAUGGUGGCGGCUAUGGCAAAGGUCACGGCGGUGGCGGUCAUGGUGGUGGCGGCUACGGAAAAGGUCACGGUGGAGGUGGUCAUGGCGGUGGAGGCUACGGAGGUGGCCAUGGCGGUGGAGGUCACGGUGGUGGCUACGGCGGUGGGGGCCAUGGUGGUCACGGCGGCGGGGGCGGCUACGGAAAAGGCCAUGGUGGUGGCGGCCAUGGCGGUGGAGGUUACGGAAAAGGCCAUGGUGGUGGCGGUCAUGGCGGUGGAGGCUACGGCAAGGGCCAUGGUGGUGGUCAUGGCGGUGGAGGCUACGGCAAGGGCCAUGGUGGUGGUCAUGGCGGUGGAGGAGGCUAUGGACAUGACGAUCAUGGUCAUGGAGAUGGAUAUGGCCAUCACAGUGGGUUCGGUUCAGACUUCGGAUUCACCAAUAAGUUCUUCAGUCGUUGAUAGCCUGGCUCUCGUAUGAGACACGUUUUCAUUCCCCCGAUGGAAAAAAUAUGGCUCACGAUCUUUUGAAUUCAUCCAAUUUGGUUUUGGGAAACCAAGAGAUCCAUUGUGGUUUUACCUGGGGUGCCUUUGGUCCAUCAGUUAGACCAGUGAGACAACGCACCCCUUUGUUAUCUGCAAUUUCUUAUUUAUUUGGUAUUCUUUAAUGUCUUUGGCACCUUGCGAGUUGUUGUCACCCAUGAAGCAUUAUAUUUGUUAUUGUUGAACCAUUUAUUACUAUACAACUUUAAUUCAGUAUCAAUGUAAACGCAUCACACGUAA